GCUCCCCGGACAUAAGAUGGCGGCGAACAUGGUGCGGUUUCGGGGUGGCGCGUGGGGCCCGGUUCGCAGGUUUGGCUUGGCAGCUUACAGAAAAUACAGCAGUGGUGGUGGCUGCCCCAACGUCCCUCUCACUUCUCCUCUGCCUGGAGUGCCUAAGCCUGUCUUCGCAACAGUUGACGGACAGGAGAAAUUUGAAACCAAAGUUACAACACUAGAGAAUGGACUGCGGAUUGCAUCACAAAACAAAUUUGGACAGUUCUGUACUGUAGGGAUUCUUAUAAAUUCAGGAUCAAGACAUGAAGCAAAAUACCUUAGCGGCAUUUCACACUUUUUGGAAAAGUUGGCUUUCUCUUCCACAGCCCAGUUUGGCAGCAAAGAUGAAAUUCUUCUGACCUUGGAAAAGCACGGGGGUAUUUGUGAUUGUCAGGCAUCAAGGGAUACCACGAUGUAUGCUGUUUCUGCUGAUGCCAAAGGCCUAGACUCUGUGGUCAAUCUACUGGCUGAUGUAGUACUACAGCCCAGGUUAUCAGAUGAAGAAAUUGAGAUGACUCGAAUGGCUGUGCAGUUUGAGCUUGAAGAUCUGAAUAUGAGACCUGAUCCAGAGCCUCUACUAACAGAGAUGAUACACGCGGCAGCCUACAGGGAGAACACCGUGGGACUCAACAGGUUCUGCCCCGUGGAAAACAUAGAGAAAAUGGAUCGGAAAGUGCUCCAUUCAUAUCUGCAGAAUUACUAUUCACCUGACAGGAUGGUGUUGGCUGGAGUUGGGAUAGAGCAUGAGCAGUUGGUGGAGUGUGCCAGGAAGUAUCUGCUUGGUGUAGAUCCAGUGUGGAAAAGCGACAAGCCCAAGCAAAUUGACAAAUCAGUCGCACAGUACACGGGAGGAAUCAUAAAGCUUGAAAAAGACAUGUCGGAUGUGAGUUUGGGUCCGACCCCAAUCCCUGAGCUGACCCACAUCAUGAUUGGGUUAGAAAGCUGUUCGUUUUUGGAGGAAGACUUCAUUCCCUUUGCUGUAUUAAACAUGAUGAUGGGAGGUGGCGGCUCCUUUUCUGCCGGAGGACCUGGCAAGGGCAUGUUCACCCGUCUGUAUCUUAAUGUACUCAACAGGCAUCACUGGAUGUAUAAUGCAACCUCUUACCAUCACAGUUAUGAAGAUACUGGUCUCUUGUGUAUUCAUGCCAGUGCAGAUCCUCGACAGGUCCGAGAAAUGGUGGAAAUAAUUACAAAAGAGUUCAUUUUAAUGGCGGGAGCAGUGGGAGAGGUUGAAUUGGAGCGAGCAAAGACCCAGUUGAAAUCCAUGCUUAUGAUGAACCUAGAAUCCCGGCCAGUUAUCUUUGAGGAUGUAGGAAGGCAAGUGCUGGCAACAAACACAAGAAAACUCCCUCAUGAGCUGUGCUCUCUCAUCGGUAAUGUGAAACCCAAUGACAUCAAGAGGGUGGUUGCGAAAAUGCUUCGUAACAAACCAGCAGUGGCUGCACUGGGUGACUUGACGGAAUUACCUACGUAUGAACACAUUCAAGCAGCACUGUCUAGUAAGGACGGGCGGCUACCUAGGAUGUAUCGACUUUUUCGAUAAAGCAGCAAAUGCUGUCUAGAACAGGAGACUUACCUUUUUUAUACAUAUUGUUCUUUGGAUUAUGUCACUGCAAAAAAUAUUUACAUGCACAUGAUGUAAAUAUGGAACUUUUCUUGUAGCUGAGACGGCUUCAGGUGUUCAGAAUGUGAAGUGUUCAUGUUGAUAUAGGCUUACAGACCAGUCCCAGCUCUGAAUGAGCACUUUGGCCAUCAAUAAAUUCUUCUGCCUACUACAGAAGGCUGUGUGUGUAGGCCUUUCUCUUGGCACCUUGAAUAGCAGUGUGGCAAAGCAAACCUAAACCACUACAGGUGAAAGGGCUACACAUAUUGAUGAGUUAGCCAAGAUCUUACAGUUACCACUUGCUUUAAAUAUCCAGUAUUGCAAGGGAAGUGUGUUCAUGUUACUUUUUCUUCAUAAGUAUGCGCAUUGGUGGUUGUAGCCCAAAAUGUGUGGUACUCCUUACUAAAGGAAUAGAUUUAGGUGGAGUUACAUUUCAU